AUGGCUAAGCUUCUAUGGAGGGGUGCUGAGUGUUGGAAUGAGUGUUUAAAGCUUUUGGGCGUUGCUGAAGCAGCAGAAGCAUCAAUGGAUUAUGACCAGUUAAGCUCUGGAAUUUCAAACUUUGAUACUCACUUUCAAGGCCUCAUAGUUCAGAAAAGUGUGAAGUAUAUGGUUGUUAGUGAUGAUGACGACUCUGAGAAUGAGUCAGCACUUGAAAUUCAUCCAUACCUGAUGGAAGAAAAAUAUUUGGACUUUCUGUUUUCUAAUUUUUGGGUCAUCAUCUGUAGUGUCGAAGCACUUGAUAAUCACUUGACUGCUAUCCAAAGGGACCAUGAACUCAGGUCCCAGAUAGAAGAAAGGAAAAUAAGAAGUGAUGCGGCUUAUGAAGGGGCCAAAACAAAAGAGAAAGCUCUCCUGGAAGAAAAAAUCUGCCAAGAAAAAGCCAAAGCAGAAGCUGAGGCAAAACUCAGAGCUGAAGAAGCAAAUAGGGCUGCAAUGGAAGCUCAGAGAAGAGAAGAAAAAGAGGCUGCUGAAAGGGAGGCCAAUGAAGCGUCAAGCCAGGCUGCUGUUCAGAAGGAAGCUUUAUGAUUGCAAACUAAAGCCAAAA